UGAGAUCGUGUGAUCAGUGCUGGUGUUUUUUUUUGUAUUUUGUUAUUUGUUCAGGUCAAUAAUGGGCUCCAUUAUGCCAGGUCAAAGGCCUUUUUUGUUCUCAGAAAUCUCCUUACACUCUCCUCUCUCCUUGGAAAUCUCCUCUUACCUGUGAUGAAGCUAAUUGGUUCCACACAUUUAGGUCGUCUUGAGGUCAGUACUCAAGGAACUGUAUCAUCUCCUAAUUAAGGAUUAUUUUCUUUUUGCCAGAGAUUCGCUCUAUGCACCGUAUCUGCACUUGCGGUCGGAACUUUGAAUCAUCACCAACUUGCAAUUAUGACCUGAAAUGUUGCAGAACUUUGGUAGCAGCUUUAGGGAUGUCAACUGAAAAACAUAUUGCGUCAUGGCAAAGUUUGGCUUUGUAGAUGAAGAACAGUUUCGUUUCAAUUUUGAAGACAUUUCCUUCGCUCCACGCUGUUUGGCCCAUUGAAUAACAAAAUUCAUUGGGGAAUGGUAUUUUUGGUAAGCCUAAUUCAUUCAGACAUCAAGAAGCUCGUCGGUAUCUUAGCAUCAGCGCCACAGGCACCCUGCAACUUCAUUGCUACUUCCAGAAAGCAAAGACCGAUCCGGAGUUUAAUUUCGAACCGAUCCGAAGUUUAAAACCAGUCGCGAAAGAAGCGCAAGCAGCCCACAAGCAACCCGCAAGCAGCCCGCACCCCGCACGGCGCUAGCGAGCAAGCCCCUCGUCGACGCGGCAGUCACGACGCUCGCCACGUGCGAUUGCGGCGCUUGUGGUGGAAGGAGGACGAUGAAUGGCGCGCCUUGCGGGGCUACCUAUCGGCGGACAGCAUGAGUGACCGACCUCGCCUGCACCUGCGCCGGGAGAGCGAGGCGGAUGAGCGUGCCAUCCAGUUUCUCAAGGAGCUGGUGGCGGCGACUCCGACCCAGCGGAACUGGCGAGGCAUCCUGAUCUCGCUUCUGGUAAUCGGCCUCGUCAGCUCACUUAUCGUCACCUGUGUCAUCCUGCUGACCCCGCCCGACCUCGGCCCCAGAAUACGAGGCCAUCUCAUCACGCUCGAGGAGGUGGUCCAGUCUACUUACAGCGUCCCGCACGACAAUGCGGCAUGGGUCAACGACGAUGACCUGUCGUACCGGGACGACAGUGGCGGGGUGUCCGUGUACAGCGCCAGGACGCGCACCGUCAGGGCGCUGGUCAGCAACCGCACGCUGCGGCAAAACAACGCUGAGCGGUUUCUCGUGUCUCCCGACUUGAAAUACGUCCUGCUUAUAGGACGACAAACAAAGCUCUCCGAGUACACCAGCGAGGCUCAAUGCUGGCUGUGGCAUGUGGACACAGGACACACCACACCGCUGAAGCCGGAGUCGUGGGGAGUCGACCGGUCGCACCCGCCGCUCCAGCACGUGGCUUGGGUGCCUCGGAGCGGUGACCCGGCACGCGCGGGCAACGCCCUGCUCAUGGUGCACCGUGGCAACGUGUACUACAAGGAGCGGGCGAUCAGCGCGGACUCGUACUCCGUAACCAGCGACGGGGUACCAAGCCUCGUAUACCACGGCGUACCCGACCUCCUGUACGCAGACUACAUCCUGCGCUCGGACCACACUGUGUGGCCGUCUCCCAGCGGUUCGCUCCUGCUGUACUUCACGAUCAACUGUACCGCGGUGAUGGACCUGCAGUACACCGAGUACGGCACCGGUGCCGACCCGUCGUACCCGCGCGUGCACUCGGUCAAGUACCCCAGGGCGGGCGCCACUAACCCCAGCCUGACCGUGACGGUCGUGAACGUGUCGGAGCCGCAGGAGCUGGUCUAUCACGCCGUGCAGCCGCCGACGCCGCUGGCCGACCGGGAGCUGUACGCGGCUGGCGUGCGCUGGCUGGACGACAGUCAGGUGUCGGUCACGUGGUACGGCCGCCGGCAGAACUUCAGCUCCGUCUCCGUGUGCACGGCGCCCUCCUGGCGGUGUCAGACGGUGUACCGGUCGGAGUCGGCCCACGGCUGGGUGGAGGUCACAGACGGGCCCGUAUUCUCCGCCGACAAGAAGUCCGCCCUGCUGCUGGACCGGGUGCCGGACGGGCCGGACGGCCUCUUCACACAGAUCAUGAUGGUGGACAUUGCCCGCAGAAGCGUGACACAGCUAACUCAGGAGCGGGCGGAUGUGGUGAAAUUGCUGUCAUGGAGCAAAGGCUUCAUACACUACCUGUCCAGCGUGCCAGACGGGCCGGGUCAGCGCCACCUGUUCCGCGUGAGCGACCACAGCUCGCCGCUGUCGCGCGCGGCUCGCUGCCUCACCUGCCCGCCGCCGCCGGUCGCCGGCGCCGUGGCCGACAACGCCACCUGUCUGCAGUACGAGGCGCUGUUCAGCCCCGCCGGUCGGCACGCCCUGCGCUGUCUGGGCCCGGUCGUGCCGCAGCUGACGUUGCCAGCCGCCGGUGACGCGCCCGCCCUCCUCCUGCGCAACAACACGCAGUUGCGCGCCGCCGCCGCCAACCUCUCGCUGCCGGAGGUGCGCCUGGCCGCCGACCGCCGCUGGGCCGUCGACUGGUCGGCUUACCUCGCCGCCCAGCAGAGCUUCGUCGUCGCCGAUGUGACGCUGCCGACGCAGCCGGCGCCGCACGACGACGACCGGCUGCCGGCCGACGACGGUGUCGGCGCCGAGGAGGUGGACGCGCUGAGGAAGGUGGUGACGCAGCUGACCUCGACGCUGGACUUUGUCACGCCGCUCCGGGUGAUCGCUGUCGGGCACGGGUACGGUGCGUACCUUGUGCUCACGCUGCUGGCGAAGACGGAGAAGCUGCUGAGGUGUGCGGUGGCAAUAGCGCCCAUCACGUCCUGGGAGAUCUAUGCGUCGGCGCCGAGCGAGCGGCGUCUGGGCCGGCCGGACGACAACCACCGAGGCUUCUCUGACUCGGCGCUGGGCCGGCGGGCGCCAGCGCUGGCCGGUCGGCGCCUGCUGCUGGUGCACGGCACGGCCGACACCAGCGUCAGCGUGCAGCACACCUUCCUGCUGGCCCGCCAGCUGGAGCGCGCCGGCGCCGUCUUCCGCCAGAUGGUGUACCCGGACGAGGGCCAUCAGCUGAGCGGAGUCACCGAACACCUGUACCGCACCCUGGACCAAUACUUCCACGAGUGCUUUCUGCCUGAGAACGUCAGUGAAUUGGUGCUCGAGGACAUAUGAGAUAGGGCCCCCAGCGUAUGCUGUGGGGGCGACACAUGCAAAAAGAGACCGAAACUGACAGUAACCCCCGGGACGGAGGGCGGCACCGAGGAGCCCGGCUAGCCGCGCCGGGCUGUGGCUUGGGCCCGAGGCCGGCAGAAUGACGAGGCCGGAGCCGGAGGCGCUCGGCGCCCGGUGAACAGGGGUGAGGUGCGGCUGCCAGGGGCAUGGGAGACCAAGCAACGGUCCUCGGACGCCACGGGAGGUCUGGCCGCUGCAGGGGAGUUCGGCUUCUGCGGGGGGGUCCGGACAGCGCGGCGGGUCUAGCCGCUUUGUGUGAUGUAAUCACCACCGGCAGUGUCGCGUUCCUGGUGCGGGCUGGUUGUUAUGUCCGGCAGACAGACUCGCCGGUCAGCCCGCUGGACAGCGCGCCGCAGUCAUUGUAUCCCGUUCGAUGUGGCGACCGGUAGGUCCGAACCAAGAGAGGUCGCAGCGUCGCGCCGCCGCCGUGGCAAGCCCACUCGUCCGUGUCGCUGUCGGAUUUACGUCGGCUGGAGCUGGCGUCUCCUUCAGUCGCUGUUCUGUUAUCAUCAUGCGCCGGUUGCGUGUUACUCGUUUGUGUUGGUGUUACUAUUGUUGCUGUGAACGAUGCACCCGCGCAAGACGUUUUCAUUGUUGGCAUGGUGGUAACCGCACCGCAUAGGAAGCAUCACCGAGCUGUCAUUGUUAUAAUAAAUAUGUUCACUGUC